UACGCCGGCGUAAAUACGCCCCAUGGGACAGCCGAUGAUAUUUUCAGCGUGACGUUUUAACACAUACAUUUAUAUAUAAAAGCAAAACAAGUUAAAAUAUUGGACUCUGAAUUUGCAUUUCUUAAUUUAAUAAAAUAUUUAAAAAUUUAUAAAUGCUCGGAAAGUAUAAGUGUAUGUAAAGAAGCUAUUCGACAAAAAUUAAUUCAAAUUUAUAUAAUUUAUAAAUUAACGAGAGCCGAAGAGAAGAGAACCUCGCGAAUUAGAUGUGCUCGAAGAUUUUGGGUUAGACCAAUUUUUAUUAUUGAAAGGCGAUUAGCACAAGGAGCUAGCGACAAUGUGAUGCAAGAAAUGAUUUUAGAAGACAGAGAAAAAUUUGUCAAUUUUUUUCGAGUAACACCAGAAACAUUUAAAAAACUAUUGCAGAUUGUUUUACCACAUAUAGAAAAACAAUUUGUUAUUCGUGAGCCUAUUUCUGGUCGCACUCGCCUUCAAAUCUGCUUGCGAUAUAUAUCGUCAGGAGAUAGCAUGAUAUCUGUAUCAUACGCAUUUCGUGUAGCACCCAAUACAGUGUCAAAAAUAAUAUCAGAAACAUGCGAUGUAAUAUGGGAUACAUUAAAAGAUAUGGUAUUCGUGAAACCAAGUGAAGAUAACUGGCGAAGAAUAGCCGAUGAAUUUGGAGAAAAAUGGAAUUUUCCCAAUUGCUUUGGAGCAAUUGAUGGGAAACAUAUAAUAUUGCAGGCACCUCCGAAUAGUGGUUCAAUGUAUUACAAUUACAAAGGCACUCACAGUUUGGUGUUAAUGGCUAUCGCUGAUGCUAAUUAUCGAAUCUCAUUACUGGACAUUGGUUCGCGAGGAAGGUGUAGUGACGGUGGAGUAUUUUAUGCUAGCGAGAUCGGCAAGCGAUUACAAAACGGUACGCUCUCAAUUCCUCCGCCGAGACCUAUGGAACAUAGUGGCCGCGCUUUACCAUUUGUCCUAGUCGGUGAUGAAGCAUUUCCGCUAACGCAAUACUUGUUGAGGCCAUAUCCUAGAAGUGGCAGGCUUGAUAGACGCAAAAAUAAACCCCUACUUUUGACGCCGAAAAUGAAAAGAACGGAAAAUUUUACGUUCAGAGAUGUGGUCAUGACCCUGGAUCAAGAUGACCCAUAG